AUGAGCCACCGAGGAGCCUUCAAUCCGUACGAUGAUGAUCCCUUUCAAUUGGGAGGAAGCCUCUCUUCCUCAUCGGGUACAACAAGUGCUUCAAAUUAUUCUUCAGCCUUUCCGCCCACUCUUAUUCCAUCAGCAAUUCGUUCUCCACAGCAACUACAACAACAACAACAACAACAGACAGGAAUGAUGAUAACUUCUCCACGAUAUGGAGCUAAUAGUCUUGUCCAAUCAACACCAACUCCAACCACAUCAUCAUCCAACAAUCCAGGAGGUUUUAAUCCUCGUCGUGUGACCAUUGGAUUUGAAGAUGAUUUUGCAUCUGAUCCAGGUGUCAAUGUUGACGUGAACACUCAUUUGACCAUUGAAUCUACAGAUUUUCUCUUAUCGAUGGCAUCUCCUCCUUCUCACAGACAUACUGUGAGUGGUAUGUCAUCGGGUGGAGUGGGAACAUUUGCACAACAUCCGAAUCAGUACUCAGUUCCUUCCUUGGUGUCAACGCCAAUCCAUCAUCAACAACAACUAACUCCAACUCAGAACAGAUUGCAAAAUUCCAACAACACAAGUACAACUCAAACACCAAUGAUUUCACCAAGAACUGUCACACCCGUACACUCUGGUAAUUCGUCAAUGAUAUCUCCUCGAGUUGUGACAGCAACGACCAACACUCCAAGACAAAGUGUUGCUUCCGAGAGUGGUGGAUCAUCCCAAAGCAAUGAAACUCAUUUUGAAUUCAAGGAAAAUCCAAAGAUUAGUGGAAUCAAGUCUGCAGAUAGCUCUUCUGUUAAGAGACGAAGCAGAACCAUGUUUGAAGGAAAUGUAAAUAGAAAUAAUUUUUCAAAAGAUCUCUUAGAUUUUGGAGGCAUCUCUGACCCAAUUCCAAAGCAAGAAAAUUAUGUCGCUGAUCAUGAUUUGAUGUCUGAUGAGAAAACAGAUGUUUCUACGAAUACUAGUUCUGAUACGACAACAAAACCAAGACCUACAAGUAUGAAAAUACUUCCAAAUACUAGUACAACUCCAGAUGUGAAUCAUGCAUCGACACUGUCAAGCUUACAUGUCGAUUCCGAUCACAAAAUGACCAUUCCAGAAACCAUUUUAAUGAUUUUACUUUCUGACUCUGGAAUUGUCAAAUCCUAUGCAUCGGAUAGCAUUGAGGAACUUUGCAUGUUAGGAAUAUUGUGUGAGCUUAUUAUUCACAAAAAGUUGACAACGUUGCCAAUGAGAGACCAAAAGGGUCAGUAUGGCCUGCUAGUGUCUGACAAUUCUCCAAUUCAGUCCCAAGAAAAUUGUAAAAAUGGAACUGUUUUGGAUUUGAUGAACGAAGUUUUAUCAUUAGUGGACAAUAUCAUUUUAAAAUGCCCUGCAAAAGAAGUGAAUAAGCUCACGAUCAAGGAUUGGGUGAAAAUUCUUUGCUCAGGUAAAAAGAUUCAACACGUAACUAUCAACAAGAUUUCCCAUAUUUUAAAUAGAAUUGGAAAGCAACUCAGUGAUAGAAGUGUUGUAGAAUACAAAAAGACUCUUUUCCUAUUUCUUUCACUUCCCAUUAAGAAUAAGGUAGAAAGAGAACGAGCAGUGACAGAAUUGACAGUUUAUUUACGUAUGCUCAGAACAGAAUUACAAUCAAAUCUUGGGUCGAGUGUUGAGGAAACAAAUCUUUUAAACGGAAGUAUUGCCUAUGACACUGCUUGUGAUAGGUUUUUAAAGACCAGACACGACUUUGUUAUCUUUACCUUGCUUGGAAUUUUCACUCUUUGUGGUGUAGAUGUUUUGAGCAAUGAUAUUUUGAAACCAGAACAAGACAAAAAAGCUCUUAGAGACAUUUCAUUUUCCAUUUUCAACAUCAGCAUUGCCUCGUUUACUAACAAGAAGAAAAAUGUAACAUCUGAAUUUAAGAAAAGGACAUCAAUAUUUGAUGAAAUUGUGGAUAGUGACGGUGAAGAUAAUAACAUUCUAAAUUCACCUGGAGAGCUGUCCCCAGCUACCUCCACAGCAUCUAUUAACGGUGACAAAAAGGUUGUCAUUAAUCCAUUUCCCGAUGGUCUAUCGUUUACAGAAGAGACUGCAUUACACCUGAAACGGUGCAUUUACAGUGCUUGUAAAUAA